AUGCCAUCGAACACCCACAAGAACCGAGGUGGCGGACGAGGGAAAGGGUGCAAGCCACGCCGGCUGGGCAGCAGUCGACCCCAGAAAGACAUCAGUCGCUACCAGUCCGAUGGCUUCAACAUCGAUCGCCCGGACUCGCUCGUCAAAUCCCAAGAGGAACUCGACCACGAACAGGCCGAAGACGAACAACGGACCAGAAACGAUGAACUGAAUGGCUUGUCAGAGUCGAACGAAGUCAAGAUCGACUUUCCGAUUGCCAUGUGGGAUUUCGACCAUUGUGAUCCGCGGAAGUGCACGGGGAAAAAGCUGGGCAGACUUGGAUUGAUGACCGAAUUGAGGGUAGGACAGAGGUUUCGCGGGAUAGUACUCAGCCCGGAGGGCACUGUUCCGGUCAGUCCGAGCGACCGAGAGCAGAUCCAGAAGUUUGGGAUAGCCGUGGUUGAAUGUUCAUGGGCCCGACUAGAAGAGAUUCCGUUCUCGAAGAUCCGGACGAGUGGCGAUCGCUCGCUGCCUUAUCUGACUGCAGCCAACCCAGUCAACUACGGCAAACCAUACAAACUGACUUGUGUGGAGGCCGUCGCCGGAUCUCUCGCCAUCGUCGGUCUUCAAGCUCAGGCCGAAUUGUUGCUCCAGAAAUUCGGAUGGGGUCAUGCCUUUUGGUCUCUCAACCAAGAUUUGAUUAAUAGGUAUCGCGUCUGUGAGGAUAGUCAGGCGAUGCAAGCAGUACAAGCAGAAAUCCUGCAGACUAUUGAAGACGAAGCACGGGAAAGACGGCGGACGCCUGAAGACGAUGAUCUUCUUGUACCCAAUCCGAAUCACGCAAACAAUCGGUCAUCCGCUGAGGAUGGCGAUGAUACGGACAGCAGCCAAAGUGGAUCCGAUCCAGAAUAG